AUGCCGUUCCCGCCCCUGCCGCCGCCGCCGCCCACCCCCGCCCCGGGGGUCCCGGCCGCGCGCCCGCCGCCCCGGAAGCCGGGCGCCCCCCGCAAGGCGGCCGUGCCGGAGAAGAGGCGGCCCCCCGAGCGACCCCCGGUGCUGCUGUCCAGCUCCUGGCCCUCCGCCACCCUGAAGAGGCCGCCGGCCCGCCGCGCCCCCGGCCCGGCCUCCCCACGCGCCCCGCCCCCGUCCGCGCCCGGCCGCCCGCGCGCCCCGGCCCCGUGCGCGCCCCGGCCGGCCGGCUCCAGCGACGGCCCCGCGGCGGUCGCCACCUCCGGGGCCGGGCCCGACGCCGCCCUGCGCUUCUCCCUGAGCCUCACGCCCGAGGCCGUGCUGGUCAUCCAGCGGCGCCACCUGGAGAAGCAGCUGCUGGCGCGGCCCCGUCGGGCGGCGCCCGCGCCCUCGGCCGACGCGGGGCGCCCGCUCGCCCCCUGGCCCCGGGGCCGGGCCGCAGGCCUCGGCCGCCGCCCGCCCCUGCCCGGCACCCCGCUGCUGCCCGGCGGCCUGCAGGGCCCCGACCCCGGCCCGCGGCCCGCUGACCUGCGCCCGCUGCUCAAGGUGUCGCUGCUCAACGAGCGGCACAAGUACGACGACGUGGAGUACGAGGAGGAGGUCGCGGCCGCCGACGAGGGCCUGGUGCGCAAGUGCACCGAGUGGCUGCGCGGCGUGGAGUCGGCGGCCGCCGCGCGCGACCGGGGGCCCACGCGGGACGCGGCCCGCCUUGCCGACCCCGCGGCCUACCUCCCGCGGGGGAGGACGGCCGCCGACCUCUUCCUGCCGCACGCCGGGGCCUGCGAGUCUGCCUUCUGCACCUGCGGGCCUCUUCCACGCCCACAGGUGUCCUCGGGGCUCGUUCGCGUAGGUCCCGGAGACCCUCCGCGGGGCGCGGGCCCCCCUCUGUGGGUGUCUCUCUGCGAGUGCGCGACGCCAGGUGCCCUGGUCCGAGCAGUGGGUGACAGCCACGUGUGGGUGCGACAGCAGGACCAGCUUCGGGGCAGCUCGGGGCCCAGCAGCCUCAGACGGCAGCUCUCGGGGGCUUUUGCUCCAGCAGAAGGGGACCUGGCAGCCGCGUGGCCUGCAGGGACCACCGUGGGCGACUCAGGCCGACUGCGUGGUGCCACCACUGCCGCAGCCCUUCUGCGUUCUGAAACCCACAUGGAGCCUCCGCAAGUAGGAGGCUCGGGAUGCAGCGCCGGCUGCGAGGACACAGCAGCCUUCUCUCCAUCUGCAGAUGUAGAAAAUGAGUCCUAG